AUGGCCGCCAUGAAAAUUUUAACCAGCAGUGGGCUGUUCUUAGCGUUCUGUGCGUUGGGGUUGCUAGCCAUGGCAAUCUGCACCGACUAUUGGUAUGAGACAGAUGCGCGGAGACACCGAGAAAGGUGUAAAAACUACGCCAACAAGAGAAACGACCCGGGGUACAUCUAUAUCUCAAAUAGCAAUCUCCCCCUCCAGAUGCCCCCAAAGGGCAUUGAAAGGAAAGGUAACAGUCCAAGUGCCGGAGCUCAGCCUCUUAUUAGGGAAAAACGGCACUUUCUGGCUGCAGCAUCAGCUAUGGAGUCCCACUGCAGUCGCCAGUUCAAUUCAACCAUCUCUGGGCUCUGGAGAAAGUGUCAUCGAGAUGGAUUUGACCUGGAGACAGAGGAUCUCAUAUAUAAAGGAUUGAUUCAGCGGUGCAUCCCAGUCAAGUAUCACUACUCUUCCUCCAUCCUUCCGCGCAAUUUACCCAUCAACAUCACCAAGACCAUCCGUCAGGAUGAGUGGCAUGCACUCCAUCUACGCAGGAUGACGGCUGGCUUUGUGGGCAUGGCCGUGUCCAUCAUCCUGUUUGGCUGGAUUAUCGGAGUGUUGGGCUGCUGUCAGCAGCAUGACCUCAUGCAGUAUGUAGCUGGACUACUCUUUCUCAUGGGAGGAACAUGUUGUAUCAUCUCCCUGUGUACGUGUGUGGCGGGCAUCAACUUUGAGCUGUCGCGUUACCCACGCUACAUGUAUGGCCUCCCAGAGGAUAUUAGCCAUGGCUACGGCUGGUCCAUGUUCUGUGCCUGGGGGGGCUUAGGCCUCACUCUGCUGGCUGGUUUCCUGUGCACCCUGGCCCCAUCCCUAAGCACCCCCUCCCGUACAACCGUCCACAAGCCCAGGCAGGAGAACGGAACCGUGUGA